AUACGGAGAAAUAUAUAUAGACUUUCCCAUCCGUGCCUUUUUUUCAUUUCAUUGUUCUCUCCUAAGUCUCCAACUCCCCCUUUCUACCCUAUUUCGCAGAACGAUUUCUUCAAUUUUCACCCAAAUUUCGUUUCGUAACUUAUAAUUUACCAUGUUUAAUGUAUUCAAUUCAACAGUUGCAGCGAAGUCUACAUGAAUCAAACUCCUGAUGCCAACUCAAUUUCAAUCUGAUUGUAAUUCCAUUUACCCUUCAUUUUCCAAUUUCAUUUGUUGUGCCCUAACGUUUAUCUAUUUGGUUAACCGUAAUACGGAGUAUUUACUUUAAUUUUAUGGGUAUGUGCUUAUCUUCGUGUGUAUUAUCAUCUAUGCACCAAUUAACGAUUGAUCUCUUUGAUCUGUAUAUUAUGUAAGGGGUUGAAAUUAUAAUUUUCGGUUUAGAUCUUGUUUUCAUAGAUUGAAUUAUUGAUUCGGAAUGAAACAUCAUGAAUUUGAAUGGAUUCUUAUCUUGAUCGUAAAAAGAAAUAUUCCUUUUGCCAAUCAUUGUAUUGACUUUACAAAGAAUGUUUUUAACGAUGCUAUUAUAGGAUUUUUUUUAAUUGUAUGGAGCAAAUUAUUUAUUCGUAUCUUCUUCUUCUUCUUCCUCAUCAUCAUUGUUCUCUACAAUUUUAAAAUAUUGAUUACUUGAUUUAGAUCAAAGCAUAUUUGGAAUUUAUUCAGUUUCCGAAUGUUUUGGACUUGAAAGGACUUAGGUGAUGCCUUUAUGGACUUUUUUUAUAAAGCUAGCUAUUUGCAUUGACCCAUUUUUUCUGAAGAAAAAUAAUUGAUCUGUCAUUGCUGCAAGCGUAUACUGCUUUCAUGACUUGAUCAAAUGGCUUAAAGGACUUGACUCAUAUUUUCAAUAUGCAAGUUAAUGAUAUUCUCUUUGUGUUUGCCAUUAAAAUAAUUCUAGGAAUUUUGACCAUAACCACUAUGCUUAGAAAUGAGCUGUAAGACUCGUGAUGGUGAAUCAAGAUAAAAACAUCUUGUUGUAUACUCCGCAAUAAAUGAUUUUUUUGAACUAUACUACUUUAUUGCUUGAAGGGUGAAAUUCAGUGUGCUGUAAAGUGGAAUAAGGAUCCUGUAGUAAUUCUGUCCAGUGUAUAAGAUACUGAAGAUACCACAAAAUUUGGUGUUUUUCUUGUUGAACACACGUUACGGGUGUACCUAGAUGGAUACUAGGGAACAAAGCAUGCCAGAAGAGGCAGAUAAGCAUCAUGCUCUUCUCUAUAAGGAAUGGGAUGAAGCUUCAUGCCCUAUAUGUAUGGAUCAUCCACACAAUGCUGUUCUUCUUCUUUGUAGUUCUCAUGAUAAAGGGUGUAGAUCUUACAUUUGUGACACAAGCUAUAGGCACUCAAAUUGUCUGGACCGUUUCAAGAAAGUCCCUGAAAAGAAUUUUCACUUUCCCCCCUCUCCACCCACACUGGUUACAGGUGGAAUUGCCGGAGGAUCAGAACCAAAUAGAAUUGAUUUUUCAGAUAAUAAUUAUACAUCGGAACCAAAAUUGAACCUUAAAUGCCCUCUAUGUCGUGGGGACGUGUUUGGAUGGAAGGUAAUUGAAGAAGCUAGAAACCACCUGAAUUUGAAGCUUAGAAAUUGUUCCCGUGAAUCAUGCUCGUAUGUAGGUAACUAUAAGGAACUGCGCCUUCAUGCCAGGAGGGCUCACCCCACAGUCCGUCCAACUGAGGUUGAUCCAUCAAGACAGAGAGCUUGGAGAAGCCUGGAAGAACAGAGAGAAUAUGAUGACAUCAUCAGUGCUGUUAGAACUGCUAUGCCAGGUGCUAUGGUGCUUGGGGAUUAUGUGAUUGAGAAUGGAGGAGAUAGGGUAUCAACAGGAAGUUAUAGGGAAAGGGGUGACGGUUUGAUGAGUACAUUCUUUCUGGUCCAGAUGUUUGGGUCAAUGGGCUCAAUGUCUAAUAUGAGGAGGAGGAGUGGUGAUAGGUCAAGAACUCUGUCUAGGUACCGCCGGUCAAACGGAUCUUUUCCCAGGCGCCGGUUUCUUUGGGGCGAGAAUCUCUUGGGUCUUCAAGAUGAAGGGAGAAGAACUGAGGAAGACGACGCAGCUGACUCGGAUAGAAUGAAUCAUGUGGCCCCAUCUGAUAGGGGGAGGAGGAGGAGGAGGCGACAGAGGCGGCGGUUGAUGUGAAGAUUGGCAUCAUUCUUACACUCUGAAAGCCUCUAUUCCAAAGAACUUGAUGCAACUCAUUCCCAAGGUUUUCACCAAGGGGAGGAGAUCGGUUCGGCUUUGGACAAAAUGAUUGAGGUCGAUUGGGGUGUUCGCGUCUCCUGUUACAUUCGUGAUCCGUCCCAAAUUCUCUACCUACAAGAUUUGUGCAUACUCGCUUUGUCCUUCGUUUUUAUUCUUACAUUUGUGAAUCAAUUAAAGUUGUACAUCCUAAGUCUUAGAUUCUUUUUAAAUUUAUGAAGCCCUCUUCUUUGCUGUUAUUAUUGCUGCCAACAUCCUAUGUUUUAGUAUCUCUUUAAAUUAAUGAACCCUUUGUUG